UUCCACCGUGUCCAUGUGUUUACAAAAUAUAUGGCUCAUGUUUAGACAUUUUUCUACUAAUUAUUUGACACUUAAUGACUGUUUAAAACAUGGGGAAGCUGAAUGUGGUGGUAUUGCGAUACCUAUCUCGAGAAGACUUCCGGGUGCUUACGGCGGUUGAGAUGGGAAUGAAGAACCAUGAAAUUGUUCCAGUGAGUCUCAUCUCUUCUAUUGCCAGCCUUAAACACGGUGGCUGCAACAAGAUCCUCCGAGAACUGGUCAAGCACAAACUUGUUGUCUACGAACGCUGCAAAACCGUGCAGGGCUACAGGUUGAACUUUGGAGGAUAUGACUACCUAGCUCUUAAGACCUUGUCUUCCAGAGAUGUUAUAGCCUCAGUUGGAAACCAAAUGGGUGUCGGAAAAGAGUCAGAUAUUUAUAUUGUGGCAAAUUCAGAGGGGGAACAGUACGCUCUGAAGUUGCACAGAUUGGGUCGCACUUCUUUCCGUAACCUGAAAAAUAAGAGAGAUUACCACAAACACAGAAAGAACAUGUCUUGGCUCUACCUUUCUCGCCUCUCUGCAAUGAAGGAGUUUGCCUACAUGAAGGCACUCUAUGACCGAGGCUUCCCAGUUCCCAAGCCGGUGGACUACAACAGACACGCAGUAGUAAUGGAGCUCAUAAAUGGACAUCCACUAUGUCAGGUGCACGAGUUGCGAGAUCCACCCGCCCUGUACAGCGAGUUCAUGGAGCUCAUCGUCAAACUGGCCAAUUACGGCCUGAUUCAUGGAGACUUUAACGAGUUCAACUUGAUGCUUGAUGACCAGGACCACAUAACAAUGAUUGACUUCCCUCAGAUGGUAUCCACUUCGCAUCCUAACGCUGAAUGGUAUUUUGAUCGAGAUGUAAAAUGCAUAAGAGAUUUCUUUGCAAAGCGAUAUGGUUACGAGAGUGAGCUCUUCCCAACCUUCAAAGAUAUCAGACGCUCACAUUCUCUUGAUGUUGAGGUGUCAGCAAGUGGUUUCACCAAAGAGCUGGAGGAGGAUGCAGCAGUGUUCCAUCCAGCUGGACCUGAAGAAGAUGACGACGAAGAGGACAGUGACAAAGAGGAAACCGUCGAAGACAUCGAAACAGAAGAGCAAAGUGUGGAUGUGGCAGACUACAAUAAUGCAAUUCUGGAACUGGAGGGCCUGAAGGUCAGCAAGACAAAUGGUGCUAAAGAGGAGGUGGCUGAAAAGAGAAAAGAGGAUGAGACACAUUCUGAUGCGAAAAUCAUUGACGAGACAGUGAAUGACCUGGAGGAAGAGUUGGAGGAUGCGUUCCCUGAACUCUCAGACCUUUCUGCAUUGAACAAAGAGUUCAAACCUUUCAGAGACCCAGACAGCCUUCUCCAGAUGGCAGAGCACAGGAGGACGAGGGCAGACAGUGAGGCAACAGUGGGCAGCACAGGAAGCUGCUCAACCAUCCCACCAGAGUUGGUCCGUCAAAAGGUGCGGAGACAGCUCACCAAACAACAGAAGUCGGCACAGAGGAGACGUCUGCAGAAGGGAGAAGCCAGCUUGGUGACCAAAUCCAGACGGGAAAAUCAAAACAACAUUAAGUCUAGUUUGGAGAGUGCCACCUUCUGGGGAUGAAUGCUUGUCUGACACUUUAAAGAGGGUAAACUCCAUUACACCUGUAAAACUGCAUAGGAGCAGUAAUAUUCCAUUUUGUACUCUUAAAAUGGAAAUUCCUUAUUGUGUCACCAUGCAAUGAAAUCUUACGGACUACAUUGAUAAGGCUGUAUCUUCAAGUAUGACACCAUUUAAGCAAUGCCCAACGUGUAUAUUUGCCUUUAAAAACAACUAAAAUUGAGGUAAACUGUGUGAUUGUCAUGACAAACCAAGUGAAAAAAAUAUCAGUAACAUUUUUCUUAAUGCUGAUGUAUUUUCUGUUUGGUGUUCAACGUGGCUGGAAGAUGAAAAAAAUUUAAUGUGUGCGAAGUAGAGCCUAGUUCGGGCCUAAAAAAUCCAGCCCGACCCGACACGGCCCGCUGGUAUUGAGGCCCGACCCGGCCCGAGCUCGAUCACUUAACUAGAUUUGCAGGCCCGAGCCCGAAAAACCCGAUUUUUUUUUUUUUUUUUUUUUUUUUUUUGAGUGACGCGGAAAAAACGCAGCAGCAGCAAUUUAUUUUCAUUUCUUCGAGUUGGCAGAAAAAAACGCAAGUUUUCUUAAUGUUUAAAUAAUCUACAUUUUUUUUUGAGAAUUAUCAAAGCAUUCACACAACGAAAUAACGCUGGGAAAGUUUGUUAAACAUAUUUCUGAGUGUGUGGGAUAUUGUUCUCACAUGGACGCGCCUCUCUGACAAGGAGAGGGAACAGCAGCAAAAAAAAAAAAAAAAAAAAAAAAAAAAAACUACAAAUGCUUUGAAAUAACAUUCUUUAUUGUAACGACAACAAUACCAAAAUAAAAAAUAAAAAUGAAAUAAAAGCUUUAAACUGCGGGCUGGCCUUGACUGCAGUCGGCAACUUGCGGCCCCCGCCUCAUGUCUUGCUCUUUAUUACUGUGAAAUAAGGGAAAUAAUUAGUAAUUAGACCGGCUCUGACUAAAAAUGGCGAUUUGAACAGCAGGAUAUUAUGGCUUAUACUUACACUGGUUAUAUUUUUUGGUCGUCGUCGUGCAGAAAUAAAAAAUAAAAUUUUCGGGCACAAAAUCUAACCUCUAGUGCGAAGUGCAAAUCAUGAACGAUUACACAUAGAAUUAUUAAAAUUACGGAGCUUCCAAAGGGAUAUUGACAGAUAUGAAAUAAAUUAAAACCAUCUGGUGCGGACCAGAUAGUAUGUGAUGUGCACCAAAAUGUUUCUAGUGCGCACCGUAAACAAUAUGGUAAACGUUAGCACUAUAUAGCAUUUAAGCUAGUGGACUUUUUCAUGCAAGUUAGCCAAUUGUUCUUUUGUUGUACUUUGAGCCUCAUUUAUUUACUCUAAUUUCUGGACUAUAAAGCGCACCUGAUAUAAGCCGCACCGGCCAAAGUUCCACAUAUAUGCCGUACCUGACUACCAGCCCCACGUGUCCAUAUCUUAACUUUGGAUAUUCGCAUAGAUAUUACACAGAAAUAUUUGAUUGAUUAAAAAUAUAUUUAUUAACCCGAUAAACACAUAUCAACAUCAACUACACGUGUUGUCUGAAUGCUUAAAAACUAACUUUAAAAAACAGGUCACUACAUUUGCAAAAAUAUAUAAUCUACCUUGCCUUCUAAAGUUAAAAUGGAUGAAAUCCUCCUAAAAAUGGUUAGCAGCUAGCGCUAACCCUUACAUAGCAACUUUGUUGUCGCAUACUGUGGCAAUAAAGUCUUCCGAGUGCCAGUUGAAAAUCGCUAAUCAACGCUAGCAUCGCAUUCUUUUGUCGUAGCAAUGGCGUACCGCACGCAGGCUAUUUUUAGACCGUGAUGUCACAUCAUAAAGCAGAAGUAAAGCCGAAAUGGGACAUUAUAGACCCGCCCUUGCAUAGACACAACGUCAUUUGUGCUACUAUUCUCCAGUAAUCUUUCAAAAACGAACGUGCCGAUCACGCAUUGCUUUUUUGGAACUUGUAGAAACGACUCUAGACAUUACGACACAUGAAGGAUGUUUUCUUCGUACGUUUCCGGAAACCAAAAACCCGGGAGGAAGACCGAAUUAACUUGCGCGGACUUUUACACCGUCUCGGUGAAUCCAUUCACAUUUCAUAUGCAAUAAACAUUAUGUUGGGUUGGGAUGGUCUUUCAGAGGACAAAGAGGUAAGCCAUUUUUAUUUUUUUAACUUAUUUUUUAGCGUAACGUUGUGCCGUACUGCUUCUGUCUGACAAUAAAUGACCUGAAAAGAAUUACAAUGGUAUCUGACUGCCACUGUUACCGUUUCUGUUAUAUAUAUAUAUUUUUUUAAAACUUUAGUAAGGGGGAAGUGUAAAUAAAUUAUAGAAUUAAGAUGUGUUAUCAAUGAAAAAAUUAAAAGUGUUCGUUGGCUGUCACUGAGUAGCAUUUGCGAUCGCUACACAAAGCUAACUAAAUUACCCCCAAGAACGGUAAGAGACGUAGGACAACCAGAGGAUAUAUAAGAAAGACAGGGCUGAUGGUAAAGGAUAGCUUGUUGAAACAGGAGAAUGUCAUUGUCAGUCGCGUUGAUAAAAAAGCUAAAGCUAUGCUUAGGUUGGCUCGGUUUUUUUUUUUUUCGUCUUUUUCAGCCUUCGACACUCAAGCCAUCUCUUUAACUGAACAGUUUUAUGUUCUUCCACAUCUUUACCAGUGAAUUUGGCACCAGGCACAUCAUUUUCGGAGAGAAUUGGUAGGUUUAGCUCUGUAAACAUCUCCUUCGUAAACGAUUUCCAUUCAUUUCCUAUUAGGGACAAACGGUGGUUUGCCCCUACUUAGCAACAGUAGCUAAUGUCAUGAAUAUUAAUGAGCGGAAGUGACGUGUUGCUUGCGGUACAUCAUUAGUUGAUGCCCAUCCGUUUAAAAUUGUUCUUUUGUAGCAGUAUAGAGUGCUAAAGUUGACUGUUAGUGGUCCCUAACUGUCGAACAAUCACGUAGUUCUUUUCAAGGUACUGAGAAAUCAAAAUUGAAGUACAUGCGAGGCUCUCAAUAGGUGUGAAGUUCUGUGUUGAAUUCCCCUGGUGGAGGAAUCUGUUAAGUUUAGAAUAUGGGUAAAUUUAGGGGAUUAACAUUUACAGUCUUUUAUGGUAAAUAUAGGCAAGAUCUAGGAAUUCAGGUGAAGGUUAGCGCAGGGGUAAGAUUAAAGGGUUAAUGGUUUAGGGAUCAGUGAGGUGGGAGGAAAUUCAUCAAUGAAAUUUUGAAUAAGUCUGAUGACCUUCUGGCAAGCUUUAUCGGUGUUAGUGCAGCGGCUGAGAGCUAUGUCAUGACAAAAUUUGGAAAUUUAUUAAAAUAUGUCUUUCUAAUUUUAUUUUUGACAAGAAAAUAUGGCGCUAAUUUGUCCCCAAAAAAUCCAUAAAUAAGCCGUUUCCUUAUAAAAGCUGCGGGUAGAAACUGGGAGAAAAAAGUAGUGGCAUAUAGUUCGAAAAAUAGUAUACGGUAUUUUUUAUAUUGUUUGAGGCUAGGCUCAGGCGCGCAUCGGACACCAGCAGUUUCGGCUUGCUAAAAAUGAUAAUACUUAAUAAUUUAGUUGAGCAUUACUUUACAAUCUUGGACUUAACUGGCGCCUGAGCUUAGCCUCAAACGGUCUAAAAAAUAAAUGAGGAUCAAAGUACAACAAAAGAAAAAUUUGCUAACUUGCAUAUCAAAAGUCUGCUAGCUUAAAUGCUAUAUAAUACUAAUGUUUACUAGAUUGUUUCUGGUGCGCACCUGAUGUUCAAGAUUUU